ACCCAAUACGCAAAUCAUAACAAAUUCGUAAACCCAAGACUCGACAACGUUCUGGACAACCCAAAAAUGAAACAAAACCCAAUGUUUUUAACCUAAAAAAAACCUUGUAAAUAUAUACACAUCAAAAUCAUCGAACUGCCCACAAAGCAAAAUACCAGAACGAAAAUCACUUCAUUCCUCGUACUCGUACUCGAUCCCAUAUGUGUUCGUGUCUGAGCUAUCAAACAGAAAAACUUUUAAACAUUUUAUGUGCUCAAUGCAAAGCAAUGCGACGUGCAAACAUCAAACGUGGUCAGUGUUUGAGCUUAAGACCACAAGGUAGCAGCAAGAUGGAUCGCUACGAGAAGCUCAGUAGGCUGGGCGAGGGCUCCUACGGCGUGGUCUACAAGUGCCGGGAUCGGGAGACAGGAGCUCUGGUUGCGGUGAAGAGGUUCGUGGAGUCCGAGGACGAUCCGGCCAUCCGUAAAAUAGCACUGCGAGAGAUAAGGCUACUCAAGAACCUCAAGCAUCCGAAUCUAGUCUCCCUGCUGGAGGUAUUCCGGCGCAAGCGACGCCUGCACCUGGUCUUCGAGUUCUGCGAGCUGACCGUCCUCCAUGAGCUGGAGCGCCAUCCACAGGGCUGUCCGGAGCACCUCACCAAACAGAUCUGCUACCAGACGCUGCUGGGCGUGGCCUACUGCCACAAGCAGGGCUGCCUGCACCGCGACAUCAAGCCGGAGAAUAUCCUGCUAACCGCACAGGGUCAGGUGAAGCUCUGCGAUUUCGGCUUUGCCCGGAUGCUCAGUCCAGGGGAGAACUACACGGACUACGUGGCCACCAGGUGGUAUCGGGCGCCAGAGCUGCUGGUGGGCGACACACAGUAUGGCACGCCCGUGGACGUGUGGGCCAUCGGCUGCCUCUUUGCGGAGCUGGUGCGCGGCGAGGCCCUGUGGCCGGGACGCAGCGACGUGGACCAGCUGUACCUGAUCCGCAAGACACUGGGCGACCUGCUGCCGCGUCACAUCCAGAUCUUCGGACAGAAUGAGUACUUCAAGGGCAUCACGCUGCCGGUGCCGCCCACGCUGGAGCCGCUGGAGGACAAGAUGCCGCCCAAGUCACUGCAGAACCCGCUGACCAUCGACUUUCUGCGAAAGUGCCUCGACAAGGACCCGGCCAAGCGUUGGUCCUGCGACAAGCUGAUCAAGCACUCCUACUUCGAGGACUACAUAGCCAAGCAGCGGGAGCAGGAGCAUAUCACCAGCCUGGAGGCGGCUAAUCAUCGCCAGCAGCAGCUCGCUUCGCAGCAGUUCAUGCUGGCCACGGCGGCCCAGCAGUUGCAGACGGGACCGGCCCAGGCGGCUGCCAUUGCAGCGGCCCGUGAUAAAUCAAAGACUUCAAACACCUCCUUGCCGUUGCUUCCGAGCACACAGCAUCAUCACCAUCCGCAUCAGGACUACGUGAAGCUGCAGCCGCUGAACAAGAACGCUAACCUCCUCCAUCGCACCGAGCAUCAUCUGCCCACAAUCUGAGCGGAAAUUGUAAUUAAGAACUGUCAUUGAGUUGCAAAGUGUUUUGUGCAGAAAGUUGCACAGAAUUUAUA